GUAAUGCCUAAAUCAAAGGAACUUGUUUCUUCAAGCUCUUCGGACAGCAAAGUUGAAAAAGAGUUAAAGAGGAAAGAGGAGGUUGCUCCAGAUAAACCUGUGAGAAAGCAGAAGCCUGGUGAGACUUCUAGAGCUCUGGCAUCUUCCAUGCAGAGUAGCAGCAGCCGAGAUGACGACAUGCUUCAGGUCGGAAAGAGGAGACACCUCAGUGUUCAGGACUUUAGAGGAGAAGUUCUAAUUGAUAUUAGAGAAUAUUGGCUGGACACAGAAGGUGCAAAGAAACCAGGGAGAAGAGGUAUUGCUUUGAGCAUGGAGCAACGGAGCCAGCCGAAGGACCAGAUCUCUGACACAGGUGAUGCAAUACGAAAGCUGUAA